AUGGAUCUCAUGAACCUUACAACUGUCAUCGACAACGGGUUUUUGGAUGAGGCUCCGUCGAGCCGUGUCCUAACUGGUUGUUUCCUCUCGCUGCUCAUCCUCACCACCUUGCUGGGAAACACGCUUGUUUGUGCCGCCGUCACCAAGUUUCGACAUCUGCGCUCCAAAGUGACCAACUUUUUUGUGAUUUCGCUGGCCGUUUCGGACCUCUUGGUCGCCAUCUUGGUGAUGCCGUGGAAGGCGGUGACAGAGAUUGCUGGGUUCUGGCCGUUCGGCUCCUUUUGCGACACCUGGGUGGCUUUUGACAUUAUGUGCUCCACGGCGUCCAUUUUGAACCUUUGCGUGAUAAGCCUGGACCGCUACUGGGCCAUCUCCAGCCCCUUUCGCUAUGAGAGGAAGAUGACACCCAGAGUAGCCUAUGUGAUGAUCAGUGUGGCCUGGACGCUGUCUGUGCUAAUUUCCUUCAUCCCUGUGCAGCUCAACUGGCACAAGGCCCAAACUAAAUCUUACACCACUGUCACUGGUUCCCCUUCAAGCUUCAAUGCUACAUCUUACCGCAGCCAAGAUAACUGUGACUCGAGCCUGAACAGGACCUACGCCAUCUCCACCUCCCUCAUAAGCUUUUACAUCCCUGUGGCCAUCAUGGUGGCCACCUACACCCAGAUAUACCGCAUCGCCCACAGACAAAUCAGGCGGAUCUCUGCCCUGGAGCGUGCGGCCGAAAGUGCCAAGAACAGACACGACAGCAUGGGCGGAUGCUCCAGCAUCGCAGAGUCAGAGAGCUCUUUCAAGAUGACUUUCAAGAGGGAGACCAAGGUGCUGAAGACGCUGUCGGUGAUCAUGGGGGUGUUUGUUUGCUGCUGGCUCCCGUUCUUCAUCCUCAAUUGCAUGGUGCCCUUCUGCGAGCAGUCGAGCGGAGGGGAGGCUUUCCCCUGCAUCAGCCCCACCACGUUUGACGUGUUCGUGUGGUUCGGCUGGGCUAAUUCCUCCCUCAACCCCAUCAUCUAUGCCUUCAAUGCAGAUUUCCGCAAGGCCUUCUCCAUCCUGCUGGGCUGCCACAGACUGUAUCCAGGAGGCCACAACAUAGAGACGGUCAGUCUAAACAAGAAAUGA